CGCCACAAUUGCAAUUUACGGAUACACGAUGUCGGACGCACUGGAGGAGCCACCAUUGUACCUUACGCCGCAGUUCUUCAGGCGCACCCUGGAGCACGGAUUGCAGCAGCUGGACCUGCAGGUCAUCGGUGUCCAGCUGACCAAUCUGACGCGUGGCGGGGAAAACUACUGCAGCAACAUUUACCGAGCUCAGAUUAAGUAUCGCAAUGCCGAGAGCUGCGCAAUGGAGACAUCCCUGAUCGUCAAGUCCAUGCCGGACGAGAAGCAGGCCAUUCUGGCCCGCCUGCACAUUUAUAACAAGGAGACGCUUUUCUACAUGCACAUCAAGCCCAAGCUGGAGGCACUCAUGUGGAGGGCGGUGGAUAGUUUCAGCGCUUGGACUUUGGCUCCCAAGCACUACUAUUCCACGACCCAGCCGGAGCAGACGAUCAUCCUGGAGGACCUUUGCGCCGCAGGCUAUCAGUUGAAGUGCCGCCAGCUGGGUCUGGACUUUGACCACGCCGCUCUGGUGAUGGCCAAACUGGCCGAAUACCAUGCCCUCACCAUGGUCAUGGCCGAACGGGAGCCAGAAACCAUUGUGGACCGCUAUCCCUUCGGUCUGCUCCACAUGGAUGCCAUCAAUUCGGAGCCCUUCAAGCUGCUCUUCGGCACUCAGCUCCUAAAGCUGGCCGCUCUGGUCGGUGACUGUGAGGGAUUCGGUGGGAUCACCACAAAGCUCUACCGCUACCACGAGCACUUCACCGAACGAGUCCUGAAGGCGGUGUACCCACUGCGCGGCAACCAUAACGUGCUCAAUCACGGCGAUCUUUGGGUGAACAACAUAUUCUUCAAGUACGAUGCGGAGUACACGGUGCAGCAGGUGAAGAUUAUUGACUUCCAGCUGUGCUUCUACGGCAGCCUGGGCUUCGACAUCAACUACUUCCUGAACACCAGCUUGGAACUGGAGGUGCUACGUGACCGGCGGCAGGAGCUUGUCGACAUCUACUACAGGUCCCUGGUGGACUGCCUGAAGCAUCUGCCCUGGUCCAAGGAGCUGCCCAGCUAUGAGGAUAUCAUGGAUGAAAUCAGAAAGCGCGAAGCCUACGGUUUCUUUGUGGCUUUCGGAUUCUUCCCGCUGAUGAGCAUGAUCGGUGUGGACUCCGAGGACAACUCACUGAAGAACUUUCACGACGAGACAUUCGCCAGGCAGAAGGUGCAGCUCAUGUUCGAAGGAAACACUCGCACGCUGGAGAGCCUCAAGUGCACCUUGAAACGUCUGGACGAGUUGAAACUGUUCGACUAGGCGGUAUAUACAUAGUUCGUAAACACAUUUUUUUUUUGUCUAUUUUCAAAUAAAUUAUAAAGGCCUUGUUGAAUUUGUACAUGUUGCAAAGCAUGUUCCAAUCAAACCAAAACCCAUUCUAUUAUAAACAAAAAAGCACGAUGUAGAUUAGUGUCGUGACUAUCAGAUACCCCUUAAAAAUGCACGAUAAUACCAUUACAAUACAAUAUGCAAUAAACUUUUUGGCAUACAUUUUC